CACUGUGGUUGACAGUAAACAGAGGGAGCGGACAGCGUCCGGACGUCCGAGAGGCUCCAGCCGGUGAUUUUCAGCAUCUAGACAACCCAGUGUGUUAGGACGCGCCCCUCUCAUCAUCAUUGGGCAGCCCAUGCACACGCACGACACCAUGGGUAGCUCCCCAGAGGUGCUGUCCUGGACUUCCUGCCCCAGUUUGUUGGUGGGCAAGCUGAAGGAGGAGCUCAAGCUCACUGUGGUCGGGGACGCCAUGAAGAAAUCCAACCUGCCCAACUCCCAACCCCAGCCUCCUCAGGCCCCUCCCUCUAACCUACCUCCUCAGAUCAUCACGGACCUUGCGCCGCCAACACACCUGCCCGUCCCCAUGCAGAUGCUGCAGACGCCCGGCCAGGACGAGGACUCUAUGCUGGGGGGGGCAAGCCCCCCAAACACUGCGCUGAGUGUGGACUCCAUGCGGAGCGACGGCGGGCAUUUCGACAAUAGCGUGCUUCAGAUACAGGAGCAGGAACAGGAAGAAGCUGUGUCACCGGCAUCCUGUGAGCAUGGGUGUGGCAGUGGGAUGGAGGAACAGAUGGUAGAAGGGGAAUGUCCCAUGCACCAGAGUGGAGAGGGGAGACAUAGCCACCAACAUCACCCUGAUGACAUCAAGUUGCAUUUCCAGAGAGCCGGGCCUGGGUCAGGGGGCUUCUUAGAAGGGCUGUUUGGCUGUCUGCGGCCGGUCUGGAACAUUAUAGGGAAGACGUACUCAACCGAAUACAAGCUUCAACAGCAAGAAAUGUGGGAGGUUCCGUUUGAGGAGAUUUCGGAGCUGCAGUGGCUCGGCAGCGGCGCACAGGGAGCUGUCUUCCUGGGCAAAUUACGCUCUGAGGAGGUGGCCAUCAAGAAGGUGCGCGAGCAGAAGGAGACCGACAUUAAACACCUGCGGAAGCUCAAGCAUCCCAACAUCAUAAGCUUUAAGGGCGUCUGCACUCAGGCACCGUGCUACUGCAUCAUCAUGGAGUACUGCGCCCAGGGCCAGCUGUAUGAGGUGCUGAGGGCAGGAAGGAAGGUGACCCCCAGGAUGCUGGUGGACUGGGCCUCAGGCAUCGCCAGCGGCAUGAACUACCUACACCUGCACAAGAUCAUCCACAGAGAUCUCAAGUCUCCCAAUGUUUUGGUCACCAGCGAUGACACUGUGAAAAUAUCUGACUUCGGAACGUCCAAAGAGCUCAGUGACAAAAGUACAAAGAUGUCAUUUGCGGGUACGGUGGCCUGGAUGGCCCCAGAGGUGAUCAGAAAUGAGCCUGUGUCUGAGAAGGUCGACAUUUGGUCAUUUGGAGUUGUAUUGUGGGAGCUGCUGACUGGUGAGGUUCCCUACAAAGAUGUCGACUCCUCUGCCAUCAUUUGGGGAGUUGGCAGCAACAGUCUUCACCUUCCAGUCCCCUCCACCUGCCCCGAUGGCUUCAAAAUCCUCAUGAAACAAACAUGGCAAGGUAAGCCCAGGAAUCGGCCUUCGUUUCGUCAGAUUCUCUUGCACCUCGACAUCGCCUCCGCUGACAUCCUCGGAACUCCUCAGGAGACCUACUUCAAGUCUCAGUCUGAAUGGAGGGAGGAAGUGAAGAAACAUUUUGAGAAGAUCAAAAGUGAAGGAACCUGCAUCCACAGGCUGGACGAGGAGCUGAUCCGGCGCCGCAGAGAGGAACUCAGACACGCACUGGACAUCCGGGAGCAUUAUGAGAGGAAACUGGAGAGAGCCAACAACCUCUACAUGGAGCUCAGUGCCAUCAUGCUGCAGCUGGAAGUCCGGGAGAAGGAACUAAUGAAGAGAGAGCAGGCAGUGGAGAAGAAAUAUCCCGGGACCUACAAGAGGCAUCUGGUCCGACCCAUCGUCAGGUCCAACGCUGUGGAGAAGCUCAUCAAGAAGAAAGGAAGCAUUUCCCACAAACCCGGGGCUCCCCCCACCAAAAGGCCAGACUUGCUUCGUUCUGAUGGCAUCCCCAGUGUUGACCCUCUCCCCUCCCCCUCGCCGCUGUCUGCCAGCCCAAAGGUCUCCACACCCCCCGGUAAAGCCCGUUACCGGAGCAAGCCUCGUCACCGCCGCGCCAACAGCAAAGGAAGCCACAGCGAGUUCCCCGGCAUGCUGAGGCCUGUCGCCGGAGCCCUGGAAGACACCCGCUCUCUCCAGGCGCAGCCGUUCCAUCAUCUCCACCACCACCACCUCCUACCAAAUAAGGGGCCCUUACUUCCCUUGAAGGGCCGCGAGCAGGCUGUUGUCAACUGUGCCAACAACCUGCGCUACUUUGGCCCCGCCGCUCCCCUCCGCAGCCCUCAGACGGACCACCUGCAGCGUCUUGUGUCUGGAUCCGGCCCCGACCUCAUUUCCACUACUGUGGAUGCAGACACGCGACAACGGACUUCAUCCACUGGCUCCGAUCCUGUCUCGGGUGCUGCCGCCAGUUCUUUGUGCCCCUGCUGCCAGGCACACCCCUUCCCUGGCUGCCUGCACUGUCAGGAGACCCCGCCUGCGUCCAGCAACCCAGAGCUACCCAACUACUCGCUGCUCGUCAACCAAGAAAAGACCCAGUCUUCAUUAGGGGCUCCCAGCAAGGAUCCAGCCUCGGACGGGGGGGCCUCAAAGAAGACCGAGCUACAGGAACAGGAGGCGUCCCAACACACACACACCCUGCCCAGUGCACUGCCACACAACCUCAGACCGCUCAGGAAGGGUGAUGAGUCAUCUGAAGAGGAGGAGGGAGAGGUGGAUAGUGAAGUGGAGUUUCCAAGGAGACCAAGGCCUCAUCGCUGUAUGAGCAGCUUCCAGUCCUACUCCACCUUCAGCUCAGAGAACCUGUCCGUGUCCGACGGAGACGAGGGAAACACCAGCGACCGCUCCCACAGCGGGCCCCUGGAGAGGAUGAGCGCCAGUCAGGAGGAGCACCUGGACGAGCUGCUGUCUCACACACCGGACAUCCCCAUCGACAUCUCCACCCAGUCGGACGGCCUCUCUGACAAGGAAUGCGCUGUCCGCAGGGUCAAGACACAGAUCAGCUUGGGAAAACUGUGCUCAGAUGAACACAGCUACGAGAAUCCCCUGCAGUUUGGAGACUCAGACUGCGAUACGUCAGAAGCAGAGUGCUCCGACGCCACCAUCAGGAACAACAAAGCCGGGGCUCCUUCCUCGUGGUGAACACAUGCCCCCCCAGGGGGCUCCGUUCUGUUUUUUGCCUGGAGGCCGCAGCGUCCCACUCUGCACCGAAGAAAAUAGCAAUAAAAGGACGACCUUGUAAACAUAGCUCCCUAUAGCAAAGCCCCAUGCAACCUCUCCCAGAGGCUCCCCCAAGCCCUUCCCUUCAUGAGCCCCACUCCCCCUCCUCAUCUCUAGCACAGCAUCCAGGCAAACCCAUGGCAGGGAUUCCCUUUUGAAUGAUACUGUACAGUAGAUAGUGUAACUUUCAUAAUUUAUUUUUGUCUUAGUUUUGAAGGAAAAUUCAGGAUCUCUCUACGUUCUCUGAUCCCAACAGAGAAAUGAAACUGACAUUUUGAGUGUGUGUGAGGGAGAGACUGGAUGAGGAUGCAGGUGACGAGGAUGAGAAGGAUUAUGUUUUGAUCUUUCCAAGGCUGAGAGCUGGGGGACGUUACAUCACCGCGAUAGUCGGUCUCUGCACGUCUUUACACGUCUUCUGAUGUGGCCGCAGUCAGCAUCUUACUUCUUUAGACCCAAAACAACCAACCAACCAGGCCCUCUCUCAUAUGACUGUCCAACUUACCUGCUUCAUCAUGACUUUACAGUAAAGAGUCCCAGUGCCCUGCCUCAUUCCCACUUCCAUCCUGUACCCAACCAGGGCACAGGGGGCUCAUGAUAAAAAGCGUGAACACCAGCAUGAAACAACCUGCCUCGCAAAGGGGACUUACUCCUCCUCCUCCUCCUCCUCCUCCUCCUCCUCCUCCUCCUCCUCCUCCUCUCUAAAACCAACAUCUGUGCAGACCCCACCACCCGCUCAACAGUCCAAGCAUGUCCGUGCAGCUCGCUAUAGGCAAAACGCUGCCAGAAGACUGCAUGACGUGGACGAGCUAGCAGACCAACGGGGGGAUGAAGACUCACGUGACUGCAGAUCAAAAAAUUAAAGAAGAGACUCUCCCUCUCUGCCCCUGCUCAUCCCUCUCUCUAAGACACGCCAUCGUCAUCAUCAUCAAUCAGAUGUCAUGACCAGAGAUAUCGAGGGGCGUUAUCAGCGUGCAUGUGUGAGUGGUCUUACAGAUAGCCUCCAUGUUCAACUCUAUAUUGCUGGACAUUAAUGUUAUAAUAGAAAUGUAGUGUUUUAGUCGCAAUCCAGAUGCGGUAUCCCCAUUUCUUGAAAAUCACGAGGUGUAGCCCCUCCCAUGUACCAUUUUCUGUCAGGAUUGCUCACAGCAUCGUAUGCGUAGUGUCUGAAAGAGGCAAACAAAUAACGAUGUGCUGUGCAGACUAAAACAGCAAUAACAUGAGUUGGUGCUCAGGUGAGAAAAAGACGCUGCUUGCUCAGGAUUUGGGGGCGUCUAGCUGGCUAGACACAACACAGUGGCUGUUGGCUAGAGGAGAGCAGCGUGUGUCAAACUGUUUAUUAUAGAAGGUAUAUUUUUAGAUUGCCCCAUUUUUUUGUGAACUCACCUCUCCAGCGCUCAAUGCUCAGGGUUCAAUGUUGGAAGUAAAGAGCAGGAGCGAUUCCAUUAGCAGCCACUAGAUGGCGACAUCUGCAACGACCUAGUUUGCGUUGUGUUAUGGCUUUUCGUUCCUUUUUUCUACCAAAGGUAAUUUCCCCAUCUAAAUCCCAUUAAUAUUAUGUUUUUCGUGCGGUUGCUAUUGAAUGGGGAUACUGCAUCUGUGAGAGCUUUAUUUUUUAGCCCCAUCUGAGUGUUUUUCAUUCACCCUAAUGUUUUUGCUCGUAGAAAAAUAGCCAGCCAGGGUUGAAUUUUAACGAAAACGAUGUCAAGAAUGCUCAAGUGUAUGCAGACAGCUGAGAUUCUACAUAAGGAAUACAAGCCAGAGACAAGGCCAGAGAGCAAUGAAAGCUCUUGGUUUUCAACGACCUCAUCUCAGUAUUAUUGUAUAUAAACACCUGUAUGUAAAUGUAAUGUGACCUGUUUUCUGUCCUCUGUCUCUCUUCAACGUAUAUAUCGCACAGCUCGGACCGAGCCUGUCGCCGACGACCAGCAGACUGGUUGAAUAUGAGCAGGAAGUUCUUUAAUCUGUAUCACAUCAGUAUUGAGCAUUUCGAGGGGGGGUGGGGGGGUGGGUUACAAACCGAGUAGCACAAGAUGAAUCUAAACCUGUACAGAUGGAUAAAUUAGCUUUUUAUGCGUGAGAGCUUCGUAAAGGCUCAGCCCUGGUACGGAGAACAGCUGCUGCCGUUCCUCAAGCCUCCUUUAACCUUCUUCAUCCUGUUUACGUUUGUGUGAAAUAACCUAGUGUGAAGUAAUGACUGGGUAAAUCUGAUCAAGCUGUUAUUAACGUUGUCUUUCUGGCAUAUAUCCUGUGAAGUAUGAUUGUUGUAAAGAUAAUUUAAUUUUGAUUCUUUUUUUUUUGUAGCUGGCCUACGUGAUUACUGAAUUAAUUUAUAAAGAAUGACUGGUGAGGCGCAUUUAUCUUUUUAUUUUCAGGCAGCUUUAGAAAUGUUGUGACCUAUGAUUUCUCCUGAAAAGUAUUAUUUAAAGGAAGCACAAUGAAUUGGUGUGGGAAGAGGACAGUAUUUGUAUGCGAGAACAAAAGCAUUGUCAUAUCAUUGACUCUGCAGGGGACCAUUCAUCAUUUGCAUCAUCGCUGCGGACAAAGUAUUGAUUAUACAAACUUUACAUCAGUAAUUAGUAACACCCAGUGUUCCUAAAUCUUUUUUUAAUAUAUCGAUAUAGCUUCUAUGAUAUCACCUCUGUUUCAAACCAAAGGUCAAAUGACUGUCAAAGCAGCAGAGGUGAGACUUCAAACCUGAAGACUCGAGUUCUGCUGAUUCCCGAACUUCUGCAGUGAUUCCCUUCCUCUCAUUUUUAGUCAAAAGUUCAAGUUACUUACAUCUGAAUAUCAGUGCAUCUGUCUCUACCUGUGGACAUCAUGUCGCCUCAUCCCAUGCACCAAGCAUCUGUUUCUUUGUGGUUAUCAUUUCCGACUCCCUCAUCUUGUUGAAUGGCAUUACGAUCAACCAAUCCUGUCCGUUUCCUGUAUUAUCCAGUGUACAGUGCAACGGGUAUCUGGGAGAAUAAAAUCAAAGCAAACAACUGCAUGGAAUAAAUGCUGAUGUACUGUACCCAAA